CUGGAAUGUCUCCACAAAGCUUACCUACUAGAAAAUCGAGGUGCACUUUAUAGGCUUGACCGCUCUGGCGAAACGAUCUCGUAUCUCCAUACAGAUACAAAGGGAUCUUUUGCUUUAUUCACUCUGUGAAGAUCACGACCAGGUGUAGCCAGUUGGUACCAGCGAUCACACUCUUAGCGUUCUCGCUGUUAAAUCACAUUCCCGCAAAGACGAAUAUCAUCAACAACACGAAGCCAUGAGUUCCUUCAACGAUCAUGGAUUCUCCGUGACCCAUCUUUCCAACGAUGGUUGGUCUACCGAGGAUGAAGCUACUGCCACAUGCUUUUGUGGAGCUGUACAGGUAGUUCUGCCACUCCAGAAACCUGGUUUGAUAAAUCGUCAUGUUUGUCAUUGCCUCGACUGCCGCAAGAUUGGUUCCGCCUUCUACCAAUCUAAUAUCACUGUGGCAGACUCACAUCUCAAGCACGUUCGGGGUGAGAAUAAUCUCGCGACAUUCGAAGAGGCUACGACAGUACGGGCCAACGCAUCUAUGACGAAUUAUUUCUGCAAGACAUGCGGAACUCUGAUGUACCGCCGCGGCGCUCGAUUUCCUGAGAUGACGAUCUUGCGCACUGGCACUGUCGAUGAUCCCACUCUAGCAGAAACCAAGUUGCGGCCGCAGGUAGAGCAGUUUAUCGAAAGGAGGGCCGCCUGGUCGGUGCCAAUUGAAGGUACGGCACAGACAGUAGGAAUGCAUCAGCCUUCUGACAUUGCGGGGAUUCCAUAAACAUCUCACUACCUUUGUGCAACUGCCUACAAUCUUGCCUUCAUGCCUCAGUUAGCCUUUAACCUAGCAUCAUUCGACGUUCGUAAAGAGAC